AUGCUGCGAGGCGGUGGCAUCCUCGAGGUCGAGGGCAUGGAUGAUGCCAGCGAUUGGCACAGGCUGCUAUCUGCUUUUGGGGCUGUAGGGGCGGACGACGAGCAGCUAUCUGGACUGUUGGAUGUCUUGUCUGCAACGCUGCUCUGUGGCGAGGUCCAGUGGGUCGGGGAAUCUCACGGUGGUGAGGCAGCUGUCUGCUCCACCCCGGAGACCUUUGAGGACCUCGCCGCCUUGCUGGGAGUGCAGCCUGCCCUCUUGGAGGUGGCACUCAGCACCAAGAAGCGGAAGAUGCCGCGGGGCUCCAUCGUGUCCUCUCCGCUCACGCCCACCCAGGCUGCGGAGCUGACCCAGUCCAUCGCGCGAUCCUUGUACGAGGCACUCUUCCUCUGGGCCGUGCGCCUGAUCAACACCCGCAGCCGGGGAGGUGCGGCCACAUCGCCGAAUCUGCCGUUUGCUGGCGUCUUGGACAUUUUCGGUUUCGAGGCCUUCAAGCACAACUCGCUGGAGCAGCUUUUCAUUAACUACUGCAACGAGCGCCUGCACCAGUUCUUUAUCGAGGCUGCCUUCAAGCGGGAGCAGGCCAUGUGCGAAGAGGAGGGCAUCACCAUUACUCUGAAGUUCCAGGACAACGCCCACAUCUUGGCUGCCAUUGAUUGCCAGGAUGCCAAGCUGGGCCUGGGUAUCCUUCCCCUUUUGGAGGAGCAAUGUGGCCUUCAAGCCGGCAGCAACGAGGCCUUCACGCAGUCCUGCCACCGGCGGUUCGGAAAGAGUCCUGCCAAGUGCUACGUGGAGCCAAAGAUGGCGGCCAGGGAGCAUUUCGAGAUUCUGCACUCCUGUUGCCCUGUACGCUACAACACCAACCACUUCAGGGAGAAGAAUAUGGACAUCAUGCCGGCCGAGGUCGUCCAGCUCCUCCUCGGGAGCAGCAAAGCCUUCGUCCGGGAAACGAUGCAAGGCUCCUUGAACGAGUCCGCUCCCACUGACAAGCCAAAGAAGGGCUUCAUCGCCGCACAGCUGCUGCGGUCCGUGUCUUCGCUGUUCACGCUGUUGCGAUCCAGCGAGCCCAAGUUUGUCAAGUGUGUGAAGAGCAACAAGGAGAAGAAACCCAUGGUCAUGGAGGAGGAGACCGUCGUUAGCCAGCUCCACACUCUGAGCAUCAUCGAGUCGCUGCAAACGGAGCGCCAGGGCUUUACUUACAAGAAGCUCUACAAGGAGUUUCUCGAGGAGCACACUGCGCUUUGCGUUGCCGUCCAUGGCUGCUUGCCUUUCGGACCCACGUGGCAGCGGCAGGUGUCCAGGCGAGGUGGCGACGAGGCUUCCGCGGCAAAAGCAAUGACGCUGGAGGUCCUCGCAGCAGUUGGGCCACCGGGCAGUGCCGCGCGACGGCCGAGCCUGCAGCAGAUGGCCCGCACACCCUCCGCUGGCGGCAACGAACAGCAGCGAGCUGGCUAUGCCGUCGGCAACAAGCGGGUCUUUCUGACCUCCCCAAUGCAGGAGCGAUGCGAGUUUAUCCGACGGCAUGCUCGCAAACUGGUCGACAGGUGUGCUGCGAAGCUGCAGGCAACCUUCCGAGCUCGGGUGGCUGUCCGGCGGUUUCAGGCGGCGAAAGCCAAGCUCAUCGCCAUGCAAGCAAGAUGGCGUCGCUACCAGGGAGUCAAAGACGAGGUGCAGAAAAGGCGCCGCAAGCGCCAGCUUAGGGGUCUCUGGCGCGCAGCUGCAGCCAUCGUGUAUCAGCUCAGCCGUCAUCGACGCGAGAUGCGGCUUAAGCGUCGACGCCGCCUCGUCGCCGCGUUCCGUGCCUCCGGGUGGCUGUUGCAGCUUCUUGGUCGAGUUCGCAGCGUGCGGCUGCAGCGGCGAGCUGGGCAGCUGCGUGCCAAAUUUCGUGCGGUGAGUCAAUUCGUGUGGUGCCUCAAGCGGGUGGCACGGUUACGCCAGCAGCGCCGGACGCGGCAGCUCUUGGGGGCGCUGCGCGCGUCGGGGCACCUCCUGUGUUCGCUGCACCGGGUGCAGCUCGCUAGAUGGAGAAGAAGAAAGCGGCACCUGAGGUCUUGCUUCAAGGCUUGCGUCUCAGUCCUGAUGCUUCACGCCAAGAUCCAACUAGCCAAACGGCGUCGCCGCCAAAUCUGCCUUCGUGGCUGCUGGCGUGCUUCUGCCAUGCUCAUCCUCAGCGGGCGUCGCUCCUGGUGCCGGAGUCUCGCAGCCAUUGAGAUCCAGCGGCACAUCCGCACCUUCCUGCAGAGAGACACCCUGCGGAAAGUGGCCAAAGCGCGCGGCCAAAGACUUGCUGUGCGCUGCUUCCGCGGGAUUAUGCCGCGCUACGAUGCGCAGGUCGUUCUGGCAAGAUUGCGCAUGAAGGCAGCGGCAGCCUUCUUCAAGGAGUUCACCCACGUCAUGGAUGCUCGCGGAGUUCUCCUUCGACUCCGUGCCGAGCGGAAUGCCAGGAUGAUCCAGACAAUCAGCCGCGGCAUGCUUUGUCGCCGGCAGUUCCGCGCCCUUCUGACAAGGCGACGCGCCAACGCAUCUCGAGAGCUCAAGGCCUAUCUCGAGGCCGCUCGCUGCCGUUUGAAGUUUGCCGAGUUCCGCAGGUGCGAAGGCUACCACAAAGCAGGGCUCUUGCUGUCUGAGACAAAGUCGCUCAACAUCCUGCUCGGUCAUGGUAGCCGCUAUACACGGCUGCGCACCAAGACACCUCCUCCACCUUCCAAGCGGGCAGCGAGCCUACGCUCCAUCAAGGAGGUGGUUAGCCCACGAGCUGCACAGAAGGAGGCCGAAUCAACUGUCCGUGUGCCGGAUGAAGUCGUGAAGUCCCUGAAUGUGCUGCGCUCGGCCGCUGGAUCGUUGGGAAACUCCAGGUUAUCGCCUCGGAUGCCCCGGUCGGAAGGAGUGGGUGAGCCGAUCUUGCUGCAACCACAGGUCUUUCGGCACAAGCCUUUGUUUGCGCUUCUUUCAAUCGCCCCACAUCCCUUCAUCAUGGCGGAGGCCGAGGCUGUGUACCGCUACGAGCGAGCGCCGCUUUAUUGCAGUGAUUGGACGGAUGCCUUCAAACCGGAGAACUUCCAGAAAUCGGUGUCGUCCAUCUUGUAUCUGUUCAUCGCAGCCCUUGCCCCUGCGAUUACGUUCGGCAGUCGGUUCCUUGACGGCACGAACGGCCAGUUCGGAGUGAUGGAAAUGAUUAUGAGCACAUGUAUCAGCGGUUUGAUCUUCUCAACAUUUUCCGGCCAACCCCUUUCGAUUUUGGGUGCCACCGGUCCGUUCUUGGCUUAUACGCUUGUCGUCUAUGACUUGGCAGUUGCCGUGGACGUGGAAUUCAUGCCGUUUUAUUUCUGGACAUGCAUGUGGUGCUCCCUCUUCACCGUCCUGGUGGCGGUCUUCGAUUUGUGCGCACUCAUGAAGCACGUGACUAUGUUCAGCGAAGACAUCUUCGCAGGAUUAAUCUCGCUGAUCUUCAUCAUCGACGGAGCCCGGCCAAUCAUCGAGAAUUUCACGGAAAGCAGGCUGACGCUGACGAACUGCAUGUUUGAAGCCCUCUUGUUCAUCUGGACAUUUGGUUUGGCAACAUACUUGUCCAGCUUCCGCCGAAGCCCCUGGACUUUCCGAUUCGUUCGCAACUUUGCGGCCAAUUUCGCAGUGACCAUCGCCUUGGUGAGUGGCUCGGCUUUGGCUGCCAUUUACUCCAACGACACAGGCCUGAGGAUGUUGCAGGUGGACGCAGACUUCUCGCCAAACUUGAGCUUGUCCGAUGGCAGCAAGCGGCCGUGGAUCAUUAAUCCCGCCGGCAUGGACCGCCCCUUCCCCGCUUGGGGCAUUGCUUAUGCGAUCCUUCCGGCGAUUGGCUUCGCAGUGUUAGGUUACCUCGAUCAGAAUCUCACCAGUGUGAUCGUGAACAGACCCUCCAACGGUCUGAAGAAGCCGGCUGCGUACCACCUGGACUUGUUUGUUCGGGGAGCGCUCACGCUGCCUGUCUGUGCUGUGCUGGGCCUGCCGCUGUCCGUGGCCUCCACGGUGCCGAGCAUCACCCACGUAAUCUCGUUGACCACUUACGAGGUGAAGCAGCUUCCGGAAGGAGAGCGCAAGGUGCCUACGAAGGUGGUGGAACAGCGUGCUACCAACUUCUUGAUUCACGUGCUCAUUGGCUCAGCACUCUUCCUGGCACCAGUGCUGAAGUUCCUGCCCCGGGCCGUGCUGCAGGGCGUGUUCUUCUACAUGGGAAUCGCGAGCCUGACCGGCAACAACCUCUUCGACCGUUUGAAGCUGUGGCUCAUCUGGGACCCGGCGAAGUACCCGCAGUACCACUACAUCCAGAAGCUGCCUAUCAGCCGAGUGCACCUGUACACCGUCGUCCAGGUCAUCUGUCUUGGCAUUCUGUAUGGGUUGAAAGCCAUCAAGGAAACGUCGGUGGUGUUCCCGUUCUUCAUGGCCUCCCUGGCCAUCAUCCGCAAGGCCAUGAGGUUCAUGUUCACCGAGGAUGAGCUUAAGCAGCUGGAUGGCAUCCCAGGUGAGGACGAGGAAGAGGAUGCUGCGAUGUCGAAGCCGGACAUUGUGAACUUGGACGUGAAAGAGGCCGCCUAG